AUGAAUCUUCGACCUGCUAUGAACCUACCACCCGAGAUUAUUUCUGAGAAUGACAGAUACAGCCGAAAGAAAUGGAGACAAGCACAAUUACUUGCAAAUCGCUACUGGAAACGAUGGUUACGAGAAUACCUACCGUCAUUGCAAAAAAGAGGGAAAUGGAACCAGCCACAGAGAAACGUACAAGUAAAUGAUCUCGUUCUCACUGCGGACGAUAACGUACCCAGAAACACGUGGCCUAUGGGACGAAUUGUUGAUGUAUUCCCUGGUACCGAUGGAUUAGUAAGAACUGUUGACGUCAGAGCCAAGAACUCAGUUUACAGACGACCUGUUGCAAAAAUCUGUUUAUUGGAAGCAGCUGAUAAACAAAUGUUAUAA